ACGGGCGCUCGCAUCAUAAUUAAAAUUCGCAGACUCGGAGGCGUCGAUCUGCCCUCGGAAAGCGAUCGCGCUAACGGACUGUUGACGGAUUGAUUCCGCGAAGGCAUCGUUGUGGACUACUAUAUCCGGUAACCAUUCAACUUCCCGGCGGUCAACCACCACAUCGGAGACAUGUCGUUCAGUCCGAAAUCCCAGGUCCUCUCCCCGCCUGAUCCUCCUUCAAACCUUGCCAUUUUUUGCCCAGAAUCUCCUGAUGGGCGCUGGAUAGUCUCCUUCCUAUUGCGUACAACCUCCGGAGACCUACUUGGAAUAUAUAAACCGGCCAACGCGACCUGCAGGCUCCCCAGUACACCCCGAGCCGUACGCAAAAGCUCCUCUUCCUCCGCCGAGCAACCCUCCCCUUCGACAACAUGGGCAACCACCACUCCUCCUCUCUCGACGCCCACCACCACCACAGCCGAUCGACCGCGAAGCUCCUGGGCUGCACCUCGGCUGACGCGUUCGAGAUCCACCUCGACGUGCCACACGACCACGACCACGAGUCGACGACAGCGGCGAGCGACCACGACGAGAAGCGCAGCUUUGAUCCGCCGCCGCUGUACGCUUACUCCGCCUCCGCCUUCCCCGAGUACCAGCUCACCUGGAUCCUCGACGCCCUCCGGCGCAGCGACUUCUCGCGCCUCGACCGUUCCGGCGAGACGUAUGUCGACUACAUGGGCGGCUCUCUCUACCCCGAGAGCUUGAUCCGGUCAAAACUAUCUUCCGCGUGCGCAAACGAGGCACGCGAGGCAGUGCUCUCCUUUUUCCGCGCGCCACCCGGCUACACCGUCGUGUUCACCGCAAACGCCACCGGCGCCCUCAAACUCGUCGGCGAGUCUUUCCCUUUUAGCGAACCAGUUGCUACGUGCUUGGCCAUCCUGCACCGCAACCGACCAAAGAACAGGCACGCCUCGCCGAGCCUCUUCGCGCUCACGGGCCAGUCCAACAUCUCCAACUCGAAGAACUCGCUCUCGCUCAUCAAGUACGCGGCUUCCCAGGGCUUCCACACGGUGCUCGACGCGGCGGCGGUCGCUCCGACGUCCGUGUUCUCUCUCUCAGAAACGCCUGUAGACGCGAUGGCGAUCAGCUUCUACAAGAUGUUCGAUUUCCUCGCGAAACUCGAGCGGCCGUGGUUCGCAGGAGGGACGGUCGACGUCGUGCAGGCGCCCGGGAACAUUGUCACGAUGACGUCCGAGAUGCACGAGCGGUUCGAGGACGGCACCAUCAACUACCUGAACCUCCCCGCGAUCACCGACGGACUCCGCUUCCUGUCGGCGUACCUUCCAUUCCUUCCGCUCCGUCUCUCCUGCCUCAUGCACCAUCUCCUUGGCUCCUUGACCGCGCUGCAACACGACACAACAGGGACACCCAUCGUGCGCAUACUUUCGCGGACACCACUACGGCGCCUCCGGGCCGUCGGGGAGCAGUCCGACACGGGCUCCGUCGUCUCCCUCAUCUUCCUCUUCCCCUCCGGCGAGAUGGUGCCGAACACGUUCAUCGAGUAUGCGGCCGCACGGUCGAGCAUCUCGCUCCGGACGGGGUGCAUGUGCAACCCGGGCGGGGCGGCGUCGAUCCUGGGCCUGCGGGACGCGAUGGCGGCGCUGCCGAGCGACGUGACGCUGGCGGCGUUCGAGAAGCACAUGGGGCACGAGCUCGGCGUCGUGCGCAUCAGCCUCGGGCUCGCGAGCGACUUCCGGGACGUGUACCGCGUCGUGCGCUUCGCGGAGACGAUCGGGUGCAAGGGGGCCCGGGACGCGCUGUGGGAGCAGUGGCUCGGGAGCAAGGCCGGCGAGGCGAUGUGAUGUGAGGCCGGGCUCCCUCCGGGUGGGAUAGGCGUGCUAGGAUGCAGAGUGCGCUGGUCGGGCCCCUGGACCGGCGUGGACUCGGCUCGCGAUCGGACAUGGACGGCGACCCUCUCUGUAUCUGGAUUUG